AUGUCCAGCUGGGCCCAGCGGAUGCACCGCCGGGCGGCGACCUUCGGCAGCGUGGUAACGUCCUGCGGCCAUCCCGGCACCCCGUACCCGAACCGGCUGGAGAAGGUAAAGUUUGGGGUGCCGCUGGAGGAUGUGUGCAAGAACGAUAUACCCGGGCCGCUGCUGGUGUUGAUACUGAAGCUCAACAAGGAGGCACCGUGCCGGAAGGAUGUGUUCCGGGCGCCGGGCAAUCAGGGCGCGAUGAAGAAGCUGAUCCACUUCCUGCAGCAGGGCCGGCUGGUGAACGUGGACAACUAUUCAGUGUACACGAUCGCGAGCGUGCUGAAGAAGUUCCUGCGCAAGAUACCGGGCGGUGUGUUUGGCCGGGACGGUGAGGCAGAGCUGUUCCAGAUAGUCGACCUAGACGAUGAGGUGCAGCAGCAGGAGAAGAUUCACAGACUACUUAUGUCACUGCCAGGCCACACGCAGCGUUUGCUGGUGUUGCUGUUCGGAACAUUCCGCGUGAUCGCCAGCAACUCCGAACGCGCCGAAACGGGUAUGACGAGCGAAGCGCUGGGAGUCUCGGUGGCGCCCAGCUUCUUCCAGUCGUGCGUUAGCGACGGCAAGACGGCACGCAUGAAGGAUGUGCUGCGAUUUAAGGUGGCGACUAAAAUAAUGAAGCAGAUGAUUGAACAAUUCACCGCCUGUGAUCUGUUCGGGCGCGUCAACUAUGAGUAUUAUGCACGGGUAACCGGGCGUGUCCUGCGAGUGCAAGACGAAUGGAUAUGCUCGUUUCGUUAUCCACCACCGCCACGGGGCAAAACAGCACAACAGCAUUAUGCGCUAAAACUAGCUUUAGAGACCGAAAAAACCUGGCUACAGUGUGAAUGUGAACGAUGGGGUCUAAUCGCUCAGGAGGAAUCGCAUUCAACACCGGCCCUAUUGACCACGGGCGGUCCGAACGUAGGUAACUCGGCUGUAUCUCUCGGCAUCAUUCCAGAGCACUCAUUGCUUGAAUCAUGCGCUCGGCUUUCUGUGUCGCUUGAAGGCCCAGGGAUAUUCAAUGUGCAAAAGUCCAGCUGCUCCUCGUCGUCCCAUUCGUCAUCGUCUAAUACACGGUCCGGUUCGCAGCAUCACAUGACCAUGGACGAACUGCGGGCCGUUAAUCGGUACGCGGAAAGUACCAAGAGCCUUUCCUACCUGCCGCAGGUGCACGAACGGCAAGCGGCAAGGAUGCGUACCAGGUCCGAGUGGUUCCUGGGGGCACGGGGCAGCUCGCUAGAACUGUGCCACGACGGUACCGGCUCGUUGAUUCAUCCACAGAUUGUCACCUCGACACCGAUCCCGGGAGCGAUCGGUCACGGUCACCAUCCGCAUGGAAUAAUCGGUACCUAUGCUAGUAUAGAUAAUUUGAACGAUGUUGAUGUUAACCAAGACCAUGAGAACCACCAUCAACAUCACUGUCACUACAAGCAAUACCAUUACAAUCAUAACACACACGAUCAUCAUCCACACACACCUCCGGAAGUGCAAAUGUCAAGUGAUCCUCAUUCGCCUCGCUGCACCGCUAUUAAUAAAGAACACUUCGCUGCACCUAGUGCUAGUAACAGCAACCGAGUGUGCUUAUCAAACGAUCGUCAUCCCCAUGCAUCUAAUGUCCCUUCAGCCUGUGGGAACUCUUUGUGCCUCCCUGGGAAAGAGCAUCAAACACAGCACAAUGUGUCAUUGGAAAAGUACGUACAUCCUAAACAUACGGAUAAUGAAAGGCUCGGACACCUUUCCGACGAGGAUAAUAAUUUUCCAACUCCGCCCAGCAUGAGUACCGACGAUGACGACGAUGAUCUGAUGAUGAUGCGUGACGAGAUCGAUGGGGACGAAAAUGACUUUGCCAUCUCCCAGAGCCAUCAUUUCGAUAUGCGUGCCGAAAAUCGACGUCGUCGUCGGCGACGUGCCUUGCUGCGGCGCAACUCGUACGAUCGGAUAGUAGAAUCGGGAUCGUUUCUGCCAGGGGACGGAUCCUGUGCGAAACCAACCUCUUCUAUCGUUACCCACGCACGUCCUAUUGGCGAUGUACCAAGCGGAUCCGGUCUCUCAAAGCGCCCAAUAUCUGCUCCAACCCCGGGAGAGACAAAGAGUAAACCCAGACCCCUGCCACCAUCCGGUCGGUCACGGGUAGAAGAAGGCAAGCAUGCCAUGACUAAUCCUAACAGUGUUGUUGCCGCUUCUACCUCACUCAGUAAAGCCACCACCACCACUCCUAAUCCAUCCUCCCGGCGUCCUUUGGUAGCAUCGCCAAAUGAUAGCACGCUCGCUGGCCGCAAGAGUCAUAAACGGCGCAACAGUAACGUCAGUCAAUCGUUCUCGGUCGGAAACGGAAAUUCUACAACGCUUUCGCGCCAAAGCAAUCUUUCGAUGAUUGUGUUUUCGGUGUUAGAUUUUCUGUUCUAA